AUGGGGCAAACCAAUAUAACCUCCUGGAGGGAUUUUGUCUUCUUGGGCUUCUCCGGUUCUGGGGAGUUGCAACACCUUCUCUUUGCCUUGUUCCUCUCUCUGUAUCUCGUCACUCUGACCAGCAAUGUCUUCAUUAUCAUGGCCAUUUGGCUGGAUAGCCAUCUGCACACCCCCAUGUACCUCUUCCUUGUCUUCCUAUCCUUCUCCGAGACCUGCUACACUUUGGGCAUCCUCCCUAGGAUGCUCUUUGGCCUGGCUAUGGGAGACCAGGCUAUCUCCUAUGUGGGCUGUGCUGCGCAGUUGUUCUUUUCUGCCUCAUGGGCCUGUACUAACUGCUUCCUUCUGGCUGCCAUGGGCUUUGACAGAUAUGUGGCCAUCUGUGCCCCACUGCACUAUGCCAGCCGCAUGAAUCCUACCCUCUGUGCCCAGCUGGUUGUUACUUCCUUCCUGAUUGGAUACCUCUUUGGACUGGGAAUGACACUAGUUAUUUUCCACCUCUCAUUCUGCAGCUCCCAUGAAAUCCAGCACUUUUUUUGUGACACGCCGCCAGUGCUGAGCUUAGCCUGUGGGGAUACAGGCCUGAGUGAGCUGGGGAUCCUCAUCCUCAGUCUUCUGGUCCUCUUGGUCUCCUUCUUCUUCAUCACCAUCUCCUACGCCUACAUCUUGGCAGCAAUACUGAAGAUCCCCUCUGCUGAGGGGCAGAAGAAGGCCUUCUCCAUUUGUGCCUCGCACCUCACAGUGGUCAUUAUUCACUACGGCUGUGCCUCCUUCAUGUACUUGAGGCCCAAAGCCAGCUACUCUCUUGAGAGAGAUCAACUGAUUGCCAUGACCUAUACUGUAGUGACCCCACUCCUUAACCCCAUUGUUUAUAGUCUAAGGAAUAGGGCUGUACAGACUGCCCUGAGGAAUGCUUUCAGAGGGAGAUUGCUGGGUAAAAGAUGA